AUGUUAAGGAUGUUGAGAAGCCGGAAGGGCGAUGAGUCUCGAUUGAAGGGGGACGAUUUCUUUGAUGGGUUGAGCCAGCUUGUAAUAGAUGAUGAUCAAGUUGUGUUGGCUGGCUUGGAGGCUGUUGCUAAAAUCAAUGUCCCCGCACCCAAUCCAGAUGUUGUUGGUGAAAAGUCAGAUGCCCUUCAUACUGAUGAAGAAACUGAGGAUACUGUCUCUGAUACACCUCUGUUGGAUAAGAGAAAGCGUGCUCCGGCCUUGAAAUCUCCAUUUGUUGAUUUCGGGUCUGCUGAUGUCGGGAGCACUCCAAUGGAGCUUAUGUCCUCAGGUUCUCAAUCAGCUGGGGAUGAUAGGGAUUUCAAAAUGGUGACUUAUGUGAAGGGCCUUUAUGCUCUUAAUGAUGCUUUUGCUGAUCCCGUAUCUACCGAGAUUGAGGCAAAAUUUGACUCUUGGAUUGGUGAAGGAUUGCUUAAACAUCCUAGGCAUUAUAAUUGUUAUGAAGACGGCGCAAAGAAAUUUACCCCGGGUUUUAGGCUAGGUGUUGAUUAUGUUGAGGAUAAAACUUGGUUUUACCAUUUGGCCACAUGCGACAUGUUUAUGAACGACUCGCAUAUGAACACCAUAUUCUAUUACCUUCGGAAAAAAGGUAAGUAUUCUUCCGCUGUGACGUUGAAUUUCGCAACUACUGAUUGUCUUUUUGAUGAUUCCAUCCAAGCAUUGUACCACAAAUUUAACAAGGCCAAGUCAAUGAAGACUAAGAUGUCACACAUUCACGCUGCCCACCCAAUUGCGCAUUACAUCCGAGGUAUGCGCAUUCCCUGUUCCAAGCCUUGGUAUGAAGCCGAUCACGUGCUUUUCAUCAUCAAUUUAAGAAGGGAAAGUCAUUGGGUUUUUGGGCGUCUUGACGUGAACGAAGGGACGUUGUUUCUGUACAGUUCUUUGAGAACCGCGAAGAUGAAUGCCGCAGCUAGGAAUGCGAUGAAGGCUUAUUCCGUGUUGCUGCCUUUGUUUUUCGAUUUACUUGGGUUCUGGAAGAAUAGAGCACAAGCUCCUGCCUCAGUUUCUGACCCUACAGCUCCAUUCAGAAUCGUGGAGCUUAGUGGUCUCAAGCGUCUCCCGGCCAGUGAUUGUGGAGCAUAUGUUGCUGCCUUUGCUGAAUUCUUUAUACACGGAAAGGAUGUCCCUGCAGACUUUGACAUCGAAGUUUAUCGAACCCGACUUGCUUCACUUUUCUACUCGUACGGACAAAGGAAAAUUGACGAAAGUAUUGACAGCGAGGAUGAGAAGCAAACCAAGUCUUCUAAGGCAUCUAAAUUGAAGAAAUAG